AUGAGUGUGGUGGUCGUGGUGGUGGCGGUGGCGUUGAACCCAUGUGUGUACAAAAACUAUGACGUGACCAAGUUCUCCAACGGUGGCAAGGGAUACAAGGUUGCUGGAACGGGCAAGGCUGCCGACUUGAACUACGUCUUUGAUGUCUGCGUCGCACUCAACGACAAGACCUCGGCCUGUCCCGAGAGCGGCAUUGUGGCUUGCCAAGAGUCGAGCGACAAGAGCGAUACGUUCUACUUGGGCAAAGUAGACGAGGCCACUCCGUCGUUCUUUCCUAAGCACUCGCCGGAGGGCAUGAUCAUGGUGUACGGAGGAGGCCACUUUGAGCUCAAGUGUCUCAAGGCCAACCAGGUCCACUUUGAGUUCGAGUGCGCGCCGGCUGUCGACGGGCCGAUCACAUGGUCGUUUGUGUCGGCUGACGACUGCGUCACCGUGUUCAAGACGAGCCACAAGGACGCAUGUCCGUUUGCGCCUGCCCCGCCACCUCCGCCGCCGACCCCCGCCCCAACCCCCGCCCCGACCCCUGCCCCGACCCCUGCACCGACGCCAACACCUGGGCCGACGCCUGGGCCGACGCCUGGACCGACGCCUGGGCCGACGCCUGGCCCGACGCCAGGGCCGACGCCUGGGUCGACGCCGGGGCCGACGCCUGGGCCAACACCCGGACCAGCGCCUACGCCGAGCCCCGGCCCGCCGCACCGCCCGCCGCCACCGACGCCGUACUCGCCGACGGUGACUGGCAGCAGCUCUGGCAGUCCGAUGGGCAAGACCUGGAGCCGAACCGACAUCAUUGGGCUGACCAUCGGGGUUGCGCUUGGGUUCUCUGCGCUCAUCUUUUGUGCGCUUGGUUGGUUCUUUGCCAUCAAGAAACGUGCGCUCCGCCGCGAGUACGAGGUCCUCGACGCUCGACGCUCCGCAGCGGAGGACCGGGCGCGCCUGUCGCUGCAGUACGGCGCGUGGGACGACGGCGUCAUUGGCGACGACAUGUACGGCGACGGUAUUGGCGGCCUUGUGCGCGAGCCAAUGGACACCAGCAGCAUGGUCAAGGUCGACAAGUAUGGCCGCAACCUACCGUCGUUCUGGAGAAUGGGCCGCACGCCAAGCGGGCAUUACUUUUACUACAACACCCGGACCCACGCCCGGACUUCGCAGCGGCCGUUCUCGUAGCCGUGCUCACGCCGAACAGCCUGCCUCUAUCAGAACCUCCAUGAUUGCGGUUCGGCGUUUGCGCCGCGCAAUGUCCGCCGCCCGGUUGUUGCCGAUUGUAGGAUCAACCCGCGGGUCAGCGAGCAGCAUCUGCACCAGCUCCAAGCGAUCACAAAAGACAGCGUACCCGAGCGCAGAGCCGUUUUCAGCGUUGGGGUCAACGCGCGUGUCAGCAAGGAGGAUCGAAGCAAUGUCGGCGUGCCCACACUUGAUCGCCAGCGCAAGCGGGGAAGGCGGUCGACGACAGCGGUGACGUCGGAUCGGCCGUCGGCGAGUAGCAGCUCGACAACGGGCGCAUGGCCGUUCUCGAUGGCAGUGCGGAGUAAAGCAUCAAAGUCGAC